AUGAAUCCUAUAGGACUCUUUAUUUCCCUUAUGUUGAGUGUCAUACUCUGUAUUGUUGAGCUCUAUAAAAUAGAGGCGGUGCUGGAUGCAGAGGGUAGAAGAGCAUCGUCUUACAAUGCAUGCGAUAGGAUACUUCGGCUUGCAGCCAUAGAGUUCAAGUUACUUACUUUGAUUAUGGCUGCCCAGGUUCUCUCCUUAUGCUACACAUCGUUUCUUGUUGUCCUACUAUUUGUUUACGAGAUCCAGAAGAAAGGAUCCAAAGAUUCCAUCAGUGCUCUGGAUUUCUUCAAACAAAAGAAACGGAUAAAGAUUGAAAUGUUCUGUAAGAUCUCUCUGUAUGUAUUUCUUGUAUACAAGUAUUUCACAGCACUCGUUGUAAAUAAAAUGUAA